AUGGAUGAUGGGCGUGAACAAGUCUCUGUCUCCACCCGCCACGGUCGCCCAUCUGGUCGCCUAUUAUCCACGUCCACGGUAAUCGCAAUCUGCAACUCUGGGUCGUCAUCGCAAACAAAGCGUGCCUUGCGUGGCCACCAAAAAACACAGCCAUUGACGACGAGCGCCAUCCCGAUAAAGUUUGCUCCGCUGCACCACACUAGCCGCCUAGCCACCGGGCAGCCAGCUCCUCAUCCGUUCUCAACCAGACAGAUACUGGUGGCUGCUGUCCGCUACUGCCCUUCUUAUCAACGCUGCUCAGCAAUCAAUCCUUGCUGA